CCCCCUCCUCCCCCGAAUCUCCCCAUCCGCUCUCCCCCUCAGCCCGGAGCCCCCGGCGGGGACCCCGGGAUCCGACGUCCCCGCGCCUCCGGGCACCUGGCUCAGCAGGAGUCCCCCGGGUCGGGGCAGGGCAGGGCCGGCGGCGGCGAGCCGGAGCCCGCCCAGCGCCCGGGCCCCGCCAAGCCUUCGGAGCCCACCCAUGGGGCACCGGCUGCCCGUGUCCCGUCGCCCGGCUGCGCCCAGCCCGGCGGCCCGAGCGGCGCCGAGGAGGAGCCGGACGCAGUGACCGAGGAGCCGCAGACCCCGGGAGACUCGGCGGCCGGGGAGGCAGGCUGCUCCCCGCGACCGGGCAGCCCUCCGAGCGGAACCCGAGGCCAGAACCGCCCUCCGCAGCCCCGAGCCAUGAUGAAGACCCUGUCCAGCGGGAACUGCACGUUCAGCGUGCCCGCCAAGAACUCGUACCGCAUGGUGGUGCUGGGCGCCUCGCGUGUGGGCAAGAGCUCCAUCGUCUCCCGCUUCCUCAAUGGCCGCUUCGAGGACCAGUACACGCCCACCAUCGAGGACUUCCACCGCAAGGUCUACAACAUCCGCGGGGACAUGUACCAGCUGGACAUCCUGGACACGUCCGGCAACCACCCCUUCCCCGCCAUGCGCCGGCUCUCCAUCCUCACAGGGGACGUCUUCAUCCUGGUGUUCAGCCUGGACAGCCGGGAGUCCUUCGACGAGGUGAAGCGGCUGCAGAAGCAGAUCCUGGAGGUCAAGUCCUGCCUGAAGAACAAGACGAAGGAGGCGGCCGAGCUGCCCAUGGUCAUCUGCGGCAACAAGAACGACCACGGCGAGCUGUGCCGCCAGGUGCCGGCCACCGAGGCCGAGCUGCUGGUGUCGGGCGACGAGAACUGCGCCUACUUCGAGGUGUCGGCCAAGAAGAACACCAACGUGGACGAGAUGUUCUACGUGCUGUUCAGCAUGGCCAAGCUGCCGCACGAGAUGAGCCCCGCGCUGCACCGCAAGAUCUCCGUGCAGUACGGCGACGCCUUCCACCCCCGGCCCUUCUGCAUGCGCCGGGUCAAGGACACGGACGCCUACGGCAUGGUGUCGCCCUUCGCCCGCCGCCCCAGCGUCAACAGCGACCUCAAGUACAUCAAGGCCAAGGUCCUCCGGGAGGGCCAGGCCCGGGAGCGGGACAAAUGCACCAUCCAGUGAGCGGGAGGGACGGGACGUGGGGGUGGGGCUCGGGCUGUGCCUGAUGGGGGGCGGCCCCGAUGCCCACAUCCCCCAAGAGAUCCCCCAAUCGUUGGCACCAGACUGGAGGACCCCAGCCUUGAACCUCUGAACCUCUCUUGCCUCCCUGCCUCCUCCCUCUGAUUCCACGGAUCCCCCCGGUCCCAGUCCCAGCUCCGCCGGGCGGGGACUGAUCUCCGCGGAGCAGGAGACAGGCUGGGAGACAGCUGGACUUGAUUCAGGGACCCACGUCGAGUCUUCCGGCCCUUGGGUCCUAAGAAAACUGAUGCCAGGACCCCUGCCUCCCACGGGGCCUCCUGGGACGGCGACGGGAUGAGAACAGCACCCGGAGCAGCUGGGAGAGCUCGGCCGUCCUGGCGGGAGACCCAGCCCUGCCCCGCUGGCCGCCAGGAGGGCCCCUGCACGCCCAGUUCUGACACUCCUGCCCUCCGGCUCAGCUGUUUCUACCCCUGCCCCCCACGUGGGCCCCGGCUGCCCCAGAUAGGGGCAUGUGUGUGUGUGAAGGGGGUGCAGCCACGUCUCUGGGCCACAUCCACCCCCGGGACCCUGCUUCCCUCCAGCCCCCCCGUCCGCUGGUUUACUGUGUUGUCACAGCUGUUCUCCCAUCGUGUGUAGCGUAGGAAUGAAACCCUCGUACUGUGAAAGCCUAGUGACCCCUCAUUGGCCAGGCCGCCGCCCAGUUCAUGUCCACUGCCUACCCCGCGCCCCGAUGGGGUUCCGGAGCCCGUCUGCAGCUGGACACCGCCCUCCAUCGGAGCUUUACAGUUCACACUCGCUCGAGCCGGGCCGGGUUGCUUCUGCCCCAGCACCCCUAAACCUCCCCCUGCCCCCCCCCCCCCCCCCCCCCCGCCAGCUAGUUCAGGACAGAGGUCCCUCUAGAACCAGGCUGUCCUUGGUGCUGGGUCCACUGUGUGCUGGAAACAGGGUGAGUGAUGCACUUUAUGACCCCAAGGCCGGGGCCUUCCCCAGUCCUGGCCGCCUUCCCCUCACCCGCCCCGCCUCCGCCCGCCCCUGCUGUCCCACUGCCUUCUGCACAUACAGCCCGUGGGAGGCUCAGAGGAGCAGCUGGAGCCAGAGCCGCGCCAGG